AUGGACUCAGAAAAUGUGUUCGACAUUUACAGCGCCCCUAAGGCUCCCACGGCUCCCUUGAGGAAAAAGAAAACAAGCAAGAGGCAUCCUGGUGAAAGCAGUAAAGCGCCUCAGGCUAAGAAACCUCACACUACAGGCGUCCCAAAGGACGGACCCUCAGUCAAUGCAACUCCACCACCUUCUCCCCACGAGCAGCAGACUCCCCCUGCUCCUGCUGGGUCGACACCAUCUCCACCGGCCCCAGCCGACCAUACUCAGCAGGCCAAUCCUGCUUCCACAGGCAGUGACAUAUCGAGUCAUGCCUUAAGAUUGGUCAAAGACAAAGUGGCCAAGAUUUUGAAGCACGAACGAUGCCAAGAGGCAAUGGCUGGGACGGAGACGAUGGACGUCGACCAGAUCUUAAACUACGCCUUGAACGAGUUUGCCAGUACAAUGCUGACCCUUACUACCGACUGUCUCCAAUCGGGUGCUGUUACUAAGCAGGCCAAAUCUUUGGAGCAACGACAUGCUAAUGAACUCAAAGCUGCCGAAGCGAAAUAUGCCGAACAGCUUGCAAAAGUGCUCGAGGAGAAGAAUAAACUGGCUGAGUUGAGGGAGAAGCAAAAUUCUCUGGACAAAGCCAUCGAGCAGAGGGACCAGUUCAAGGAGUCUAACCGCGUCAAAUACCGCGCAGCUAAAAAGCUCGAGGAGGACUUGAUUGCGAGUAGACAAGAGACUACAACCUUGGAGGGCUGGAUCAAGGAGCUUGAGAAAGCCAAUGCCAGCAAUUUGGAAAGAAACGCCGAGCUUGCUCGUUGUGCUGCUCGACUGGCAGAGGAAGAAAGAGCGAGGAUUCCUGCUUCCCCUGAGAUCUCGCUGGCCACUGGGAUGGACAGAGGAGAAGCUGAUGCUGAAGAAGCGGUCAACCAGGAUGCUCCCCAAGAUCCUCCAAUCCCUUAG